AUGAAAAUACAGAUCCCCAUCAUCCGCGACGAGCGUGUCCAUCCUGCGGCUGACGGCAUUUACAGCUUUGGCGUCGAGACUGGGAAUGGCAUCGUCAGGCACGAGUCUGGCGGUCCAGGUGGCGCUCAACAGGGAACCGUCAGCUUCACCUUCCCAGAUGGCCAUGUCUUCGAUCUCCAGUUCGUCGCUGAUGUAAACGGUUACCAACCUCAGUCGCCCUUCCUGCCUGUCGCCCCUGCAUUCCCCAACCCAAUCCCCCCCCACGCCCUCGAACAGAUCGAACGUGGUCGACUCAAACUCGAAGCUCGAGCCCGUGAAGAGCAACGUCAGUCCUCAAGCCAGGGACAAGCCGCACCUGCUCGCCAAUACGGCCAACCUUAG